UCCUCAUUUAGGUCCCAUUUCAAAUACAGGUUCACCAGGGAGGUCUACCCCACAACCGGACAUUUACACCGAGACAGAUUCAACGAAACCAACAUCUGUCACUGGGCACGUAACAACUGGCUCCAAACCCAUUCACCCAAGCGCAUCAAUCGCUCUUACUCCGUCAUCAAGCUUCAUUACUUCGCCAGCGAUCACCUCGGUAGCGCAACCGAAUGCCUCAUCUCAUGUUCCCAGUUCCCGCCCCAGUUCCGGCCCCAAAUCUGAUGGCAGUGAGCAAAGCAGUCGUGACGUCAGUUCUAUCUCUGUCUGGCUGGUAUCAGGCCUCAUAGUCUCCUCGUUAUUCAUUGUGAUUAUUGUUGGUUUCCUUAUUGCUCGACGCAGUCAUUCAAGGAGGAAAUCACAGACAAUUACCAUGACCAGAGACCAGGAAACGCAGGAUCCUGCGCUGAUGAAUCAACACACAAACGCAGCAUUCCAAACAGAUGAACAACAUGGCUACUUCACUCUCGAUUCUAGAGAACCAGCUUUGUAUGCAUCAAUGUAUCAAGUGCCGAUGAUUGACAGAAGGACAUCACUCAACGAGAUUAGCAACCCAUUAGAACAAGAUCCUUCUACGGGACAUAUAUAUGAUGUUCUGAAUUUCCCUCAGGAACACAGCUUAUAUGGAGCCAAAAACAGAACUGAGUUGCCCACUCUUCCGCCAAAGAAUUCGGCUGUUGAUAACGCAACAAAGUUUGAAAAUUAUGGGCAGAUUAGUAUCGAACAACUUGUAUACAAUAUCGUGGAGGAAAUAUUAGCGGGCGGCAAUGGCAAUGAAAGACCCGUUGGUGAUGGUCCGAAGCAAACGGAACCAGUGUACAAUGUUUUGGAGCCGGAGCCUCAACGUGAUACUUCAGAGGGGAGCAAUCAGUACGGAGAAGCCAUUGUUGAAAUGGAGGAGCCUCGUCAAGAUAACUCAGAGGGGCCCAAUCAACACGAUGAGGUCACUGUUAAAGAACCGGAGCCUGCUUCUGAUACAUCAGGAGAGCCUGGUCAAUACGAAGAAGUCGUUAUUAAGAAGUCGGAGCCUUCUCGUGAAACACCAUGGAAGCCCAUUCAAAAUGAUGAUGUCACUGCUGAUGGACCAGUCUAUAGUACACUGGAAGAGCCUAAUACAAAUAGCCCCAGUGCUAGCGAUCGAUAGACUUCAAUUCACAACUGAGCUCCUAAACUUAUAAAGAAACGUAUUUAGGAUCACUUCCUAUAGUGGUCGAUGAUCGUGUGAAUAGCUGGUCGUUAUCCAUACUACCUUUCUUAUCUAUCACAGUUCGCCCUAGUCUUUUGAGCUGUUCACGCUGUCUGAAAGGAAAUGGCUGCUAUGCAGGCCAUGUUCACAUGACUGUCUAUGUAGAGUUCAAAUAGCUGUAGUUAAACCAGUGUAGAUAACGACAAGAAACUAAAAGCCUAAGUCAUGUUUACACUCGGGAUUAAAGAAUAUCUGUGGUGCAAUGUAACUAACCACGAGGUCACCGCGCCUCCACAGCGUUACUUGCAAUAUUAGCACAAACUCGUGCAACCAAGGUAUUAUCUGAGAAAACAGAGAUGGCUCAAAUAAGCAAUCCAGUCAGUGAAUUCGAAACUUGAUAAGCAAUUAACGUUUAUACUUUGAACGUGUUUAACUACCUAUACAGGUGUGAACGGGGUGUUGGACAGGACGAAAACGUAGCCCCACUCUAGCUAAGUGCCCAGUUAGGAUGUGAACUGUUGCCAGGCUGGUUCCAGGCGUUCAGUGCGUUUCGUCUGUUUUCUUUUUCAUUCGCUGUUCAAUAUUUGUUUUUCUUGCAAAUAGAUAAUAAGAAUAAAUAAAAUGAUUAUUUAUGGGUAAUGGCCUGAUGUACUAACAAAUUUUCAGAACUAACGCUUAAAGAAAUGUAUGGAAUAAAUAAGGAGAAUUGACAUUUUGCUAUUGUUUCUUCUUCGCUGUUUGUGAGCACAAGCUUCAGAGAUACAGAAACAAACGGUAUAAAUUAAUUACUUAGCAUAUACACUCUUUCUUUUUUUAAUUUUGUAAGAAUAUAUUUUAUAAGAAUAUCGAGGCUGAUAUUUGCAAAAUAUCAAGAAUAUUGUAAAAAACCCCGAGGAUGAGACUUUGAAGAGAAUAUAAUUUUAUGUGUUGAAACCA